AUGUCUUUACUUUCACGGUUUGGUAGGUCGAUGCGAGGUGUUCUGCCCGAUAGAGUCCUUGUGGCGGUUUCGGGCGGUGUUGAUUCGAUGGUGUUGCUGGACCUGACUCGCAAAUGGGCUAAGAUUACAAGUAGUCCGUGCCGCAUCCAUGCCAUGACCGUGGAUCACGGCUUACGAUCCGAGAGCGCACAAGAGGCCCAAAAAGUCCAUGAGAUUGUGCGCAAGUUGGGUUUAGAUCAUGAGGUUGUUCGUGUUCCUGAAAAGAUUGAUCGCAGCCAGCUGGAAAAAAGUGCAAGGAUAUGGAGAUACAAAUUGAUGUAUGAAAAAAUGGAACUGCUCCAGAUAGAUAAUUUGAUGGUAGCACACCAUUUCAACGACCAGUUAGAAACGUUUUUGAUUCGUCUGGCCGCUAACUCGACGCUUUUCGGUCUCUGCGGGAUGCGCAACGCGUCUGCUUAUCCCGUUCUCGAUCCAUUUGGCAGCAAGCGUAUAUUACGGCCCAUGUUAGAUAUCCGCAAAAAUGAACUCUACGCAUAUGCACGCGAGCAUAAUUUGGAGUGGUUUGAGGAUUCUACCAAUUACCAGCCCAUAACACUGCGAAACAGAGUCCGUAAGUAUUUGCAAACUGGACAGAUAGAGCAGAAUUCCGUCGAGCAGCUAAUUUUGGGCGUACGUGGUGCCGUGGACGACGUUGAGAACGAUUUGCGACAGUUAGAUAAUGAGAUUUCAGUGAAGUUUAAUUCACGCCUUCUAAAGAUGUCAAUUGUCAUACCGUCAGCGGUUUUCGAGCGCUAUCCGCUCCUGUCUCUUGACAAGUUUUUAUUCGAGAAGCUCCACUGUGUGUCAGCCAUUUCAAAUUAUCACCAUCGCUAUACGACUAUAGAUUCAAAAAAUGCUACAGUCAACACAAACGACUGGUCGCUCUCGGAGUCGAUUUUGGAUGGGACAGUGCCUGAAAAAUUCAACCUCCUUAAGUGUCUGGUGAGAGUGGUGCGCUCUGAAAAUAAUAUCCAUCUUCUGAUUACCAGGGCGACCGAAAAGUUCAAGCAGCCGAUAAAGCGUGUCGUAAAUGUCACCACGUCUUGGUCUGAAUGGGAAUUGUUUGACAACAGGAUGUGGUUUCGAGUGAGAGGAAAGCCAGGCUCCUAUACACUCAAACUGGAGGCGAACGGAUUGCCGGCUUUUUAUCAUGAAGGGCGGUUUCUAUGCUAUUCUACCAUUAGUGGUUGCGGUUGUUUGGAAGUCCAGACUAGGACGAAGCCAAUGCGUAUAAUUCAGAUGUAA